AGCAAAACAAUCUCUUCGGAGACCAAAUCAAUCUCUUCGGAGAGCAAAUAAACAAUCUCUUCGGAGAGCAAAACAAUCUCUUCGGAGACCAAAUCAAUCUCUUCGGAGAUCAGAACAAGCAAAUACAUAUAACAUUGUACAUUUAUACCGUACUCAUGGUAGCUAUAUUAAGUGUAUAAAUUCAGAUCACUGUUCAUGUAGUUGCAGAUCGUCUGUACGGAAAUUAACUAAGCAAGCAAAUGCUAAACGAUCUAGAGACCGUGCACCUUCCAGUUUGCCUUUAAAGAGAAUUAUAUUGGCUAUGAGAAAGAGAACAAGUAGAUCAUUUUUAAUUAAAGCAUUAUUUUGUAAGAACUGCCCCCAGGUCAUCCAUUUUGAACAUGAUAGCUAGUAAUUUCAAGCAAUGUUGUUUUCAAUUUGUGCAAAUACAACAUAUUUUUAUGAAUUCAUUUGGAUAUUUUAAGCCUUGUGUCAACUUAGUUCACAAAAACAUGUAUACAGCAAAACUAUCAUUGUGUAAUAUGUUAAACACUCAAAACAUAGCAGGCAAUAUUGCCAAUGAACAAUAUCACAUAUCUCAAAGGACACUAAUGUUGUCAGGAGAUAUUGAAUUAAAUCCUGGUCCUGUUCAAAACAACAGUCCAACUAGGCUGUCAUCAAAUGUAGUGUUACAACAAAGGUUAAGACGCUUUCAGUUAAGACCAUUUGAUGUCGGUGGUGAUGGUGACUGUUUCUUUCGAGCUGUGUCACAUCAAUUAUAUGGUAACCCUGAACGACACUUUGAAGUUAGAGCGGCUGGUAUUGCAUAUAUGAGAGAUAAUCCUGAGAGAUUCAUUGAAAGUAAUACUGAAAUCUCUUGGUUAGAAUACCUGAAUAAUAUGUCUAUGCAAGGGACAUGGGGCGAUGCUAUGAUAAUACAAGCUGUGGCUGACCAGCUUAAGUUAAAAAUUACUAUUGGAGAAACGCAUGAAGGGUUUCGUGAGUACAGUAUAAUACAACCUGUAUCAUCAACACAGCAAUUAACUCAUGUCUAUUUGGGUCAUAUAGAUGAGUAUCACUAUGUAUCAACAUUGCCAUGUACUUCAAUGUCAGGUUUUGUUGAGAUAAAUCCUGAACAGUCAACCCCUAGUUCUCAGCCUAAGCAAACAAGAACGCAGUAUAUGAACAACCUCAUGAAACAAAAACAAGCUAAUGAGACACGGAGCCCUGAGGCUAAGGAAAGGAGAAGAGUUUAUGCAAAGGAAUACAGAAAACGUAAACGGGCCAGUGAGAGUUCCCAGCCCUCGACACUGAGCAUUGAGGCUAAGCAAAAGAAAAGACUGUAUGCAAAGCAAUAUAGGAAACAAAAACAGGACAGUGAGAGUUCCAGCCCUCAACACUGAGCAUUGAGGCUAAGCAAAAGAAAAAACUGUACGCAAAGGAAUAUAGGAAACGUAAACGGGCCAGUAAGAGUUCCCAGCCCUCAACACAGAGCAUUGUCGCUAAGCAAAAGAAAAGACUAUACACAAAAGAAUAUAGGAAACAAAAACGUUGUGAGAUUGAACCACUACAAAGUUUAAUAUCCAAAUUUCAUGAUGUUGUCUCACAAGGUCCUCUUUAUAUUUGCACUUGUUGUGACCAGUUAUGGUACAAGCAUAGUGUCAUUCCAGUCACAACACUUAAAGAAAAUAAUCCUGAUGUUCAAAAAAGAUUGUUAAAUAGAAAAAGCGUUAAUAAUGUGGAGUGGUUGUGUAAAACCUGUAAUAAGUAUUUAAAAAACAAUAAGGUGCCUCCUUGUGCUGCCGUAAAUGGGCUGCAGUUUCCGCAAAAACCUUUGUUUUUCGAUCUAAAUGAAUUAGAGUGUAGAUUGCUUGCUCCAAGACUUGCAUUUCAAAAAUUAAUGCAGGCUCCUAGAGGUAGACAACUAAAAAUCAAUGGAAACAUUGUUAAUGUUCCAGCAGAUGUUGUUAAUACUGUUAACAUGUUGCCAAGGUUUCCAAAUGACACCAGCACAAUUAAAGUUAACCUUAAGAGAAGAUUGCAAUACAAAAGUUCAGCUUUAUCACUAAAUGUCAGACCAAAUAAAGUAGCAGAAGCUGCCAAAUGGCUUGUAAAUAAUGGUAAUCUUUAUAAAGAUGAAGGUAUAACUUUCAAUGACACUUGGCUUGAAGAUAAUUCAAAUACUCAAAUGGUAUUUGAUGAUAGUGACAAUGAUCAAACUUCAGAGGGUUCAGAAAAUGUUGUGGACUGUAAUGCAGAAAGCUUGAAUUGUGAUACAGAAUGUAAAACCCAGCAAUCAUCAGCAUGUGAUGAUGAUGAACACUGGAGUGAAGACGAGGCAGAAAUACCUGCUGGAAUCACUGACACUAUGUUAACAUCUCCAGAUUUUGUCACUGAUAAUGAACGUCAGCAUAUUUUAAAUGUUGCACCUGGUGAGGGAAAUAGGCCUAUGAGUAUAUUUAGAGAUAAAUACUCAGAGGAAUUAGCAUAUCCUGGUAUAUUUCUUGGACAGAAGCGACCAGACAAUACAAAUAGACUAACCAAAGUCCAUUAUAGUGAAAUUUGUAAAUCUGAAUUAAGAAGGUCUGACCGAAGGGCUGCAAUGUGUGUGGAAAAUAUUUUCUUUAAAACAAAGAAAUUGCAAAUGAAAAUUUUGCUUGGGCAGUCACAAGUUGCAUUAAGAAAAUGUCAACGAAAUAGUAGCACAAUCACUGCCGGUCAACUAAAACAACCGGGUGCAUUAGAUAACAUGAUUCAUCAUGAUCAAGGAUUUAAAUUUCUUAGAGCUGUAAGGGGUUCACCUCCAUAUUUUGAAAAAGCUAAAAAGGAUAUAUUUGCAAUGAUCAGGCAGCUAGGAUCUGCUUCAUUAUUUUGUAGUUUUUCUUCAGCGGAAACACAAUGGACUCAUUUACUGAGAAUACUUGGUAAACUUGUUGAUAACAAAACAUACACUGACACUGAACUUGAGAACCUCAAUUGGGAAGAGAAAAGUAGGUUAAUUCAAAGUGAUCCUGUGACAUGUGCCAGGCAUUUUGAUUAUCAAGUACAGAAGUUUUUGCAAAACUUUCUUUUAAGUAGUGCUGCACCUCUAGGAAAAAUUGCAGACUGGUUCUAUAGGGUUGAAUAUCAACAAAGAGGAUCACCUCAUAUUCACAUGUUAAUAUGGCUAGAAAAUGCUCCUACGUUCGGGGAAGAUUCUGAUUGUGAUGUUGUUUCAUUCAUUGAUACGAUAAUCACAUGUGAAAAGCCAACUGAGAAUCCAGAUUUACUUGCACUUGUAAACAGGCAAGUUCAUCGCCAUUCUCACACAUGUCGAAAGAAAUCCAAAAGUGUGUGUCGUUUUAAUUACCCACAGCCACCUAUGAGGUCAACCAAAAUUCUAUAUCCAUUAGAUAUUGAUAUGGAUGAUAAUGAAGUUGAUCAACAUAAAGAUACUUGGAAAUUUAUAAAGAAACAUCUGAAUGAUAUGAAAGAGGGUGAGGACAUUACAUUUGACCAGUUGCUUGUAAAUCUUAAACUGACAGAACAAAACUAUUUGCUAGCUGUUCAAUCUAGUCUCAAGACACCAACUAUAUUCUUAAAAAGGAAACCAAAUGAACUAAGGAUCAAUAAUUAUAAUGCUGCAUGUCUCAGUGCAUGGCGUGCAAAUAUGGAUAUUCAGUUUGUACUAGAUGUAUAUGCAUGUGCAAUAUACAUUGUAUCAUAUAUAUCCAAGGCUCAAAAAGGCAUGAGUGAGCUAUUGAGAACAGCUUGUGAAGAAGCAAAAAGGGGAAACUCCAGUAUUAAACAACAAGUGAGAGAUAUUGGAAAUAGGUUUUUGAACAAUGUUGAAAUAAGUGCACAAGAAGCAGUCUAUAUAGUACUUCAACUUCCAAUGAGGAAAUCUUCUCGUCAAGUAGUAUUUAUAAAUACUUCACCCCCUGAGGAUAGAGUUCAGUUACUAAAACCAUUGCAAGAAAUUAAUGAUUUGGAAGAUGAUUCUGAUGAAAUUUAUGCAUCUGGUCUAAUAAAGCGUUACACAAAACGACCAGCCAAACUUGAAAAUGUGUCCCUUGCAGAUUGGGCUGCAUGGUACGACUCCACUGGUAAGCCAUAUAUCAAACCAUCACGUGAAUUAGAUAUUGAUAAUUAUCCACUUGAGACAAACUUGAGUGAUAAUGAUGAUAAUAAUGAGGAAGAAGAAAGCGAACAAAAGAAUAAAAAAAGAUCUAAAGCCAGAAUUAUUCGAAGUGUCUGUUUUAACAAGGAAGUUGAUUCUGAAAAGCAUUACCGUGAACUAAUCAUGUUAUUCACUUCAUGGAGGGAUGAAAUAACUGAUUUAUUAGGAAAUUGUGCUUCUUACCAAGAACACUAUUUUCAAGUUAAAAAUACAAUAGAUGAGCAAAUGAAAUGUUAUGCUAUGUGCAGUGAAGACCUGAAUGCGAUUCAAGACCAGCUUAAUAAUGUGGAAGAUAGUGAUGAAAACUAUGACCUGAUUGCCCCAGGAACACAAAACAUUGAGCGUCAAGAUGAAGAUGAAGGUGCACAAGACCUUCAUCCAGAAUUCAAUGAAACCUAUGACCUAUCUGGUGAUCUUGGAAUUCCUUCAGCUGCAUCUAAUACUGAGCAGCUGAUAUUACAUGAAGAACAGGAUGAUGUUUACAGAGGAAUGGUACAAAAAUUAAACAGAGAACAAAAAGAAUUUUUCUUCCAUGUUUUACAUCUUAUUAAAACUUCUGACAAUCCAUUCUACUGUUUUCUUAGUGGAGGGGCUGGAGUUGGCAAGUCACAUCUCACUAAGUGUCUUUAUCAAGCAGCAUUAAAGUAUUAUAAUACUAGAGCAGGUGAUGAUUUCCAUCAAGUGAAAAUAUUAAUGCUUGCACCAACUGGUAAAGCAGCUUACAAUAUCAAAGGUAACACAAUACAUAGUGCACUUUCAAUACCUGCAUGUCAAUCUUUAAAGAAUUACAAACAUCUUGAUUCAAGCAGGUUAAACACCUUACGGUGUCAACUUGGUGGUUUAAAACUAAUAUUUUUGGAUGAGAUCUCAAUGGUUGGUAGUACAAUGUUUAAUGUUCAAAUAAAUAAUAGACUGAAAGAUAUUAAAGGAAGUAAAGAAGAUUUUGGUGGUGUAAGCAUGGUUGUUAUCGGUGAUUUAUUUCAGCUGGAACCUGUAAUGGACAGGUAUAUAUUUAAGAAUCUAGACAAUUCAGAAUAUGCAGUUCUUGCUCCUAAUAAAUGGCAAGAUAACUUCAAUAUGUUUGAAUUGGAAGAAAUUAUGCGCCAAAGGGAGAGCAAAGUGUUUGCUGAAAUAUUAAACAGACUUAGGGAAGGAAAACAUACUAAGGAUGAUAUUUUGAAACUAAAAGAAAGAUUAAUAAAAGAAAAUAGCAUCCAAGAUCCCAUGGAUGUGCCUCACUUGUUCAUACAAAAUAAGAAGGUAAAUGAAUUCAAUGAAAGAGUGCAUAAUGCAGCAACUGGUGAAAAGUUUUCAAUCAAAGCAAUAGACAGUGUUAUAGGAGCUAACUCUGCUCAACUUCGAGAUAAAAUUUUGAGUCAAAUACCAGAUGAUCCUAGGAAAACUAAACAAAUUGCUUCAAACCUUCAAUUGUCAGUGGGGGAAAGAACUGAGAUAGCAUUAAAUGUACGCACUGAUGAUGGAAUGACUAAUGGUGCUGGUAAUGUUGUUAAAAAGAUACAAUUGAAUCAAAUAGAUAAACCUUCAGGUAUAAUAUGGGUCCAAUUUGACCAUUCAGAUGUUGGAGAGAAGACCAGACAUGAAAAUAGACGUCUUUAUGUUCAAGGUAUUGAGUCCACAUGGACUCCAAUAAAGCCAAUCACAACUCAGUUUGCUGUGGGUAGAAACCAAACUGCACAAGUUGUUAGAAAACAGUUUCCACUUAGACCUGCUGCGGCUAAGACAAUUCACCGUUCACAAGGUGACACUGAACAAAAAAUUGUUGUAAAUUUCAACACUAGAAGAUCAAUACCACAUAUACAUUAUGUUGGUUUGAGCAGGGUAACAGCAAUUGAAGGUUUAUUUAUCACUGACCUAUGUGAAGAUAAAAUAGCUGUCAAUCCUCAUGUAGCAGCUGAAAUGGAACAUUUGAGAAAUGAACGUGUACUAAAACUAAGUGUCACUCCUAUUUAUAAGACAGACCAAGUCUCAUUCAAACUGUGCUAUCUAAAUGCACGGUCGUUGCAUAAACACAUUGAUGAUAUUCGGCAUGAUUUUAAUUUUGCUAAUACAGACAUCAAUAUUUUUUCUGAAACUCGAUGUAUGCGCUCGGAUAAUGCCAGUAUGUAUGAUAUUGAUGGUUACACCUUGUUCAGAAAUGAUGGUCACUCUUUGACUACCAGACCCUUUGGUGGCAUGGCAGUGUUUAGCAGAGUUGAAUUCUUACCUGGAUAUCCAUGUUGUUAUAAUAUCAAUGGCAUUGAAAUAACCAUUAUGAAAGCAAUGAUUCUUCCACAUGUUACUAUAAUUGGUAUAUAUCGAUCACCCAGAAUUCCAGUGCAACAAUUGUGUGCAGCAUUAGAUGAAGUUUUGAGGUUUUGUACUUCUCAAUUUAACAUUUUCAUAGGUGAUUUUAAUAUCAAUUGGUUGGAUGAAGCCAAUAGAAGGCCUUUAGAUAGAUUUUUUAUCAAUGAUCAUAACUAUAUGCAAUUGGUGUCUAAUGUCACUACAGACAAUCGGACAUUAAUAGAUCAUAUUUAUACAAAUCUACCAGAGUCGCAAGUUAGUUCACACAUUUUAGAAACUUAUUUCUCAGAUCAUAAAGCAGUUUGUGCCUUAAUUAAUUGUUUUCAUUAAAGCAAACUUAGAAAUGUUAUGAUAGAAAUAUUUCUAUAUUGGGACAAGAGUCACUGGACACAAUUCACUUAAAUACUUACACAUUUUGGUUUUAUACACAUUAGAGUUAAACAAAAUUUACUAAUUUUCAAAUGCUAAUAACAGAAUCACCAGGUAAGCAAGUUUUUUUUACACCUCCCCCCCCCCCUCCCACCCACCCUCCACCCACCAUUUUGCUUUCUAACAUAAAUGUUUUUGUUUAUAGAGAUUAAUACAACAAUGACCAAUAAAUGUACUGGAUAUAUUUGUUGGAUAAUUCCAUCAGAACAACCCACUUGCAAGACAAUCUCACCAAAAUUCAUUAGUAUAUAUGGCUAUAUGAAAAUAACUUAACAACUACAAUAAUCAUAUGGAUGGAUCUGAUCAAUGGCAUACAAUGUACAAAACCAAACUUGUACUCAAACAGAUUUUCUCCCAAAACACAAAUUGUUUUUGUGUGGAUAUCCUGUGUUAAAAUUAUACUGAACAGUGUGCUAUAUCAUUAACUGUGCACAGGACUGGAAUGGAAUUAUACACUUCACUCGUGACCUUCAAAACAUUCUCUACUGAUCAGUGGUCUUCCAUGUUCCUCAAAUAGUUUGUGUAUGUUACUCAACAGUUAACAUUGGCAAGUGUAAUUAACAAGUGACAGAACUUUUGCUUCAUAUGAUUACAAUAAAGUUUUGGAAAUUCUAUGUGUAUGGAUUGACAAGUGACAACAUCUGCUAUCCUGACUAUAUGGCAUCUAAAAUGUGUUGUAUAUUGACAUUAUAUGGAUAAUAAAGAAGAUUGUCAAGCUAUCUCUGUGACAUCACAACUUAGUUGACCUAAGGAAACCUUGUUACAGUUAUGGAAACACCACUGCAAGUGGAAUUUAUAGCAGCUGUUUUAUUCACUAUGAAAACCAGAUCAAUACUCAGUCUCACACAGAUUCAAUACUAGAAUCUAACAUUAAUUAAACAUCUAUUUUCAAUUGAAAACCUUCAGAAACUGUACAGUCUAUAAUAUAUGCUAUAUAAUAUAUACUCGUGAUAUAAAUUUAAAAAAUAUUUUAUUUUAUGCUGGUGUAAUAUUGUGUGCAUGAAAUUUUUAUUUUCUGACUGCAUAAUUAUCCGUUACAAUCAUAAUCACAUUACAAAAUUAGUUACAUUUCCUCGGCGGGGUGGGAGCAGUUGCCCCUGCUUGUUGACUUUAAAAUCUUAUUUGCUAUUAUAAUUAUAAUAAGUGAUGAAAUAUUUCAAUUGCCCCAUGUCAUCUUCAUUAUUCAGUUCCUUUCAAGAAAAUACAAAAAUGUGAAUUUCCAGUUUUUCGCAGAUACAUGUACGCCUAGCGUACCUAUUUUUUUACUUUGUUCGCCAUUCUUGCUUAUUUACAAAUACAAAUAGUCCAUUUCUUCUUUUGCUCUUUUCAAAAUAGCCCAGAAUUUGGUUUAAAAAAGUAUUUUCAUGCAAAAACCAGCAUUUAACUUUUGUAUACACUCCUUGUGAUAGCAGCCAUGUUGCCAAAAUAUCACCCGGUUAAUGAAUAACUUCCGGUACUUUCAUUGUAUUCGCAUUGACCAGUCAAAUCACGCUCUGAGUUGGAUUAUCCCAGGGCUUCUGAGAGCAAUAAGCGCAGAAGCCCUGGGUACGAGGUUGGUAGAGCGGCGGUCUACUGAUAUCCGAAGAUGCGAGUUCAAAUCCCGCUGAGCCAACGAAUUUUUCGUUGGUCGAUUGCAGUGUCAGAAUAAUAUGAAACAGACGAGAAGAACAGCAGCUUUGACCAAAAAUUUUCCCUACUUGCAGUUCACAACAUUUUUUAUGGCAAUUAGUGUCGGGAAAUUAAUUUCCAUUAAAGUUGCCCCCCUCCCAAUAUUUUUGGCGUCGGUACGCCCAUGCUGCCAUCUUCUGUCAAUUAAGCCAUUUUCGUUCAUAUUUGUUGCCCCCUUUUGGGCACUACUUUAAAUGUACAUGAAUCUGUUUCUUUGUAUUUUACGAUCAAGCGUCAACAUUUUCUAUCAAAAUUCCCCCAUUUGUCUCAGGAUACUGGUUGUUAUGUUGUGUACAGUUAUUGUACUAGUUCAAGUCUCUUAUCAGGGGGUUUUCACUCGGUUAUAUGCAUUGUCAUUCUUUGGAUUAUAAAUAUGAAAAAAAUAACACAAAAAUUUAGAAGUUCUUCAUAUAAAACCGAAAGGUACUUUUACAUGUUUGCAUGUCACUGAGAGUUAAUCUAUUGAUCUAUUGUUCUUUAUUGCACCUACUAUUGGGUUUAUUGGCUCAUCUCAAUGUGAAAUUGGCAUUGCAAUGAUUGCCUUGGCGAGGUUGUUUGUCUGUACUGAAAACUAUGUACACAAUUUUGGGGGAAACGACAAAACGCGGACCCCAGGUCCGUGGAAUUCCUUCGUGGACCUGGUCCGUGCAGGACUAAAUUCGUGGACCACUCUCACAGAUCACUCUUGUGGACCACUCGCGAAACACCGGAUUUUGCCGGCCAUCAACCGAGCAGUAAUGACUUUUCGUAACAAUACAAGCAACCUUCAGUAUAACUGCACGACCUAAACUUAUUGACAUAACAUGGCGUAGAAACAUUAUUUUUCAAUAACGCGAUAACUUGUAUUUGGAUGGAGCUAUUUUAUGGUCAGACGUUCGAAUGAAGACUGCCCAUGCAGUAAGAGUUCACAGUUCUUCAGUUUACAUUUACAAAAACAUAUAUGUGCGAAAUGUAAAGACAUUGCGUUACUGAAACUGGUGGUUUGAAUUCUUGACUGUGCAUGGAAAAAUGUGCUUGAGUCGAGUUCAGUCAUUAUUAACAUUGUGGAAACUCUACACAAAAUGUAAAGUUCCAAAUCCAUUCACUAUACGACCACUAUAAUGUAUAAGUGUACAAUUACGACUUUAAUACAAAGUUUCCGAAUAUAUGCCCUUAAAAUUGGUAGUUUUUUCUUUUCGAUUUGUACAGAAAAUGCAAGAAAAGCAGUAAUCGCGAGCUUCAAAAAUAAAUAUUUUUGGAGAGGACGACCUCUCUAGAGGCAUUGAAAGGUCAUUGCAAUUUUAGGUCAUUACAGUUCAAGUAAUUUCUUAACAUUAAAAUUUAAAUAAUUCGAUAAAAUACUUCGACCACUCUCCACCACCCAAACUCCAGAUUCUCCAACCUAGAAGUGGGACAAGUCAGAAUCCAUAAAGUUUAAAAGUGUUCAUUAAAGAAUCUUCCCAUGCAAUUGCAUAUUGAAAUGAUUGUUGAGCUAACAAAACCAAAUGCUGAGUCAAUAAAGAAUGCCAUGCAGAUACAUUCUUGACAAAUAAAAAUUAUAUGGAAGAGGGAUUUCAGUAAUUUUUUUUAUUUUUGUAUAUUUAUUACCGAAUCAAGAAUGAUAAAACUACAUACAGUAUAUAACCACGUGAAAUCCCCCUGAUAAAGGACUUGAACUUGUAGAACAACUAUAUAUAACAUGAAAAGUUGACAUUUGAUCUUGAUCUAAUGAUAUCUGUUACCUUGAAAUUGAAGGCAUGUUGUAAAAUAUGGACUGGACCUUGGACUGGACUUGUAAACUAUGGACUGGACUUGUAAACUAUGGACUGGACUUGUAAAACAUGAACUUGUAAAACAUGAACUUGUAAAACAUGGACUUGUAAAACAUGGACUUGUAAAACAUGGACUUGUAAAACAUGGACUUGUAAAACAUGGACUUGUAAAACAUGGACUUGUAAAACAUGGACUUGUAAAACAUGGACUUGUAAAACGUGGACUUGUGAAACGUGGACUUGUAAAACAUGGACUAGUAAAACAUGGACUUGUAAAACAUGGACUUGUAAAACAUGGAGAAUAGCAGAAUAAUUCGUGUAUUUUUACCUAGCUGUUUCUCUAUAUAGGUGACAUUAGGUGUACAUAUAGAGAAACAUAUCAUCGAUAAUAAAUUCGCUCGAAUAUCAAAUCCAUGUUUUACAAGUCCAUGUUUACAAGUCCAUGUUUUACAUGUCCAUGUUUUACAGGUCCAUGUUUUACAGGUCCAUGUUUUACAAGUCCAUGUUUUACAAGUCCUAGUUUUACAAGUUCAUGUUUUACAAGUCCAUGUUUUACAAGUCCAUGUUUUGCAAGUCCUAGUUUUACAAGUCCAUGUUUUACAAGUCCAGUCCAUAGUUUACCAUGAGUCCAGUCCAAGGUCCAGUCCAUGUUUUACAACAUGCCGAAAUUGAAAGGAUGAUAUUUCAACAAUAUAAAGAAGUGUAUGGGUGGAAACAUUAGCCACCAUGCACUUACACCCAUAAUUUGUCUUACUUGGUCAUUUCUUGUUAUCUUUCCCUCUUUGGCCAAAUCACAGCUAUGAUAUACAGCAAAAAUAACAAGACCAUCAAGACUGCAUAUAACUGCGAUAAAAAUGAACACAGGAAUGUUUAUGAGCACUGCUCUAUAAGAAAGGAAAUAAUGAACUAAUUACAUGAAUUUGAAUUUUUAUUUACCAUUGUAAAUCGUUUCUACAAAAACCAGCUACAUUAUUAAAAUGUAUAAAUCAGUGCUUUUUCAUGUAAGAAGACUGAAAUCUAGACAAUUCGGGAGAGGGGCAAAGGAAAGCUUAAGCGGGAAAUAGACGGCCUACUAAUGUUGUUUACACCGUUGCUAUACCAUGUCCCAACAUUAUAUAACUUGCAUGCCUAUUUACUAUUGUUCUCGUUUACAGAAGCAUAUAAUAGGAAAAAGGUAACUAAGCAUUAAAAUUAUGUAGGCCUAUAGUAGAGUUAAUUCGCUCAUGUAGAUUUUUAAUUCUAAAGCCGGCUCAGCUGCAUUACCUUUGUUCUAUUCUAUAUAUAUGUUUCAGUAAACUAGAAUAACUACAUAAGCUUUAUAAUUUUAAUUAUAAUAAUAUAAUUAUUAUAUUAAAAUAUUAAAAUAUUAUUAUAAGUAAAAUAUUAGAAUAUUGUACGGCACUCAACACUGUUACAAUAUAUACCAAAGAAAGUUUAACUAGUAGCUAAUAUUAAUGAUAUUAUAUGUCACGUUGAUUGACAGUAGCAUGAACGAAAACAAUACAGCAGUUAGGGUGCAUGUGCAUGGGCAAAUGGACUUAACUGUAGAGAGUUUAUGAUCUUAUAGAAGGUUUGUAUUAAAACGUAUUUAACUCUGGGUACUGGAAGCAAAUACCUCAGUUAAUAAUAUUUAAUGUUGUGAUCAUAAGGUUAGUUCAGUCCAUUAAAGACGUGGUGAAAUGCCCAGACCAAUGAAAAAAAUGUUCAAUGUUGUUAUAGACAAAAAUUGAUAUUUUAUCUGCAGUAGUUUUGUGUUCUAUUGUUUUGUUGAUAACUCUCUCAGCAGAUACAGCAACACCCCCACCCCCCACCACCGUGGGAGUGCGGCUAUAGCCCAAAAGCAAAAAAUUCGGCGAUGGGAUUUCUGUGAAAUCAAAUAUUCGAUAUUACAACUUUAUUAUAAUUGGUUGACUAUUGAAUUAACAUGUGCUGUUUUCGUUUAUCUACAUUUCCAUAACUUAAAGCAAUACGUUUAUGAGAAACAGGGUAUUAUUAGUGCACUUGUUGAAAUACCUGUAUGGUAUUUCAAAGGACAACCUUUUUGAAUUGGCUGUAAACAUUUAUAUACUUACUUUUGGGCUUCUUUUAGUGAUUUGGAAGCAAGGAAUCUUUGCACAGAUAACUGACUGACUGACCAUGAAUAAAGAUAGGUGAAUAUACCACCAACAGUAAAAGUCCAAAAUGUUGAACGGACGGUUGGAUCUGGAUCAAAGCUAAAAUUAGAUGAAAAAGUGGACAUCAAGGCUUGUGAUUUUUUAGAAUAAUUCAAUUAUUUAGACUAUCUAUAUAAAUACCCAUGUCUCAACCCAUUGAGUUGCAUCCCUGUUACUCGAAACCAUGCUAUUACCUAUACUAAUAAUUAACAAUGAUUGCAUUGAUCAUAUACAGUUUCUUACUUGAAUAUCUGUGUUCGUUCCAUUUCUUUGUUUAUUUUCCAGACAUUACUGAAGCCAUCUACCUCAAUAGUUCCAGUAAUGAAGAUGCACAACAUACCAGCAAUGAUAACAAAACCUUGGAAUACAUCUGUCCAAAUAACUGCCUUAAGACCUCCCUAUUAAAUUGCAGAAAAGAGUUGGGCAUAGGCGUAUACGGGGAUGAUGCUUUCUGGGGGGCAGAUGAAAGUUUGCCCGAAUUGUUAUGGAGGAUUGUAAUGAAAUAAUCUGAAUUUAACGUAUUUUUUAUAUAUAUGAUUUUUCCUAUAGCAUUUCCCCGAAUUUCAUUGGGUUUCCAAAAUUGAGGGACCUGGAGUUGGGCGAUAUUUCGAUAUUAUCCGAUAUUUUCGCUCAUUAUUAUCGUAUAUCGAAGGUAGACACGUCACCCAUAAUUAUCGCUAUAUGGUCAAUGAUCGUGCAUUGUUUCGCAUGUGUACUAUAUAGAUUUUUUAAAAACCGAAAACAGUUCUUUUAAUCUUCUAGUUUCAUAAAUUUGUUUUUGAAAGAUUUUCGCUUUGCCACUAUCGCAGUGGAUAUAUAGUUAAUUAAAAUUAAAAUUGUGAUCAUUGCAUCUGUCGCGAUAAUCCCCACUAUUAUAUACACAAGGUCCGGAUAUGAGGUAUUCUGCAAUCUGAUUGGUUCUCUACUAGCAGGAUAUUAGCUCAUAUCCUGCUAGUACUAGUAGAGAAAAACAAAAUGGCGGCUCAAACUGAAUUUCCGACAUCUUGCGAACGAGAAAGCGACAAGUUGUUCGCUUUUUAUAGCCUUUACAGGAUUAAAAACACAACGAAAAAAUUCCCACAAAUUGUUUACAGGUUAGCAAAUGAAUUUUUAAAAUUUAAAAUGGUUAAAAAUACAUAUUUUUGAAAAAAUACUCGGCCGAAAGAGCGAAGAUAAAAACAUAAACAAAAUAGAAAAAUAUUGAAAAUAUCCGAAAAGCAAAGUUUGUGAAUUCAGACCUUGUGUAUAUAAUAAAACAGUUAUUCCACUCACUCUCGUCGAAUACGAGCGAUAGCCGAUUCGGCGCUACGCGCCUCAUCGGCUAUCAGCUCAUAUUCGACUCGAGUUCGUAGAAUAACUGUUAAAUAUAUAUAUAUAUAUAUAUAUAUAUAUAUAUAUAUAUAUAUAUAUAUAUAUAUAUAUAUAUAUAUAUAUAUAUAUAUAUAUAUCGGAAUAUAUAAUGCUGGUUUAAGCACAUAUUUCAGUUGCUCCUUCAUAAAAGUUUUCUUUUAAACGUUUCCUUUGGCAUCUGAUAUUGGUCGCGAUAUAGACAGUUCAAAAUCACUUCUAACGGAUAAUACAUUGACCUAAAAUGAGCAAUUGCUUUGAAUUACAAAAGAACAAACUCAUCUGGAAUGGCGACUUAAGCGAAUUAAAGUCCUACGUCGCAGAAAAGUUAAACAUAAAUGGUAAAUGGAAAUCACCGUCAGGUGGACGCUGGUUAUUUACUAGCGAUGCUUUGUCUAUAACCUG